AUGAAAAUAGCCAUAAUGGGAACAUUACACCAUUUGUGUUCCACAAAUGAAAAUCCGAUUCAUGACAAUUGUCCGAUCGGAGCCGACAGCUGGUGCGAGUGGCGGAAGACUCAGGCGGCAGGUCAAGAAAAAUUGUUUAACCAUCCACCCCCACUUCACCCAGAUGUCGGUAAACACAUACAACCAAUUUACGAAGAACGUUCGAAGGAAGACCUGCUAAUUCGAUGUUUAGGUGGCCAUACCCAGAAUUCGAACGAAAGCUUCAAUUCUACAGUCUGGCGCCUAGCACCGAAACAUUUAAAUUCAGGCAUAAAAAUUAUCGAAAUUGCCGCUUUCAUUGCUGCCAGCAUUUUUAAUGAAGGGUACUCGUCCAUCCUACGAAUAAUGAACGCACUAGAAAUAAACGUUGGACAACAGAGCAAAUUUUUUGCCGAUACGCACGACGCGCAACGAAUCUCGAGGCAAGAGUGUCGCAGAUCAAGCAGCACGAAGGAGGCUCGAAUAGCUCGCAGACUGCUUCAAAUGCAACAAAACAAGUUUCAUGAGGAAGCGGAAGGCUUGCUGUAUGGGCCUGGUAUAGGAGAUUAA